CCACAUAUCGCAUUGAUACAGUAAACAAUAAAAAAAAUGUCACCUCACUCUUGUCGCGAAGAGGACCCGUGCUACCCGAAGCCAAGAUCCGGUAAGCCGCCACCUGCCUUCCCGAAGCCGCUGAUCACCUUGGGCGGUGCUCCGGCGACUCCGCUUAAUCCAGGAGACUUUGCAGGUCUUCACAAGCUUACGUACGACUUGAGACCAGAAUGGUUUGAAGGAUUUCAACUGAAUGCUACCAAAUAUAUGGACCUGCAUCAGCUGGUGCGAUGCAGCUGGAACCUGAGCCACAUAACGCCCACCGGAUUCCGAAUCGGGGCUCAGCUGCAUCGGAAGUGCAGUGAUUCUAUUCUGAAAACGCCCCUCAUAUCCUUCGACACAAAUCCCAGUACGCUAUCAUCAAACCUUUACCUACUUUAUCGACCGAGACCGUCAGUUUGUGUAGAACUCAAUAUCCAAACGCUACCCCACGCAAGCACUAGUCCUAUCAUCGAUA